AUGAGCAAUCCUGAGCAAAGGAUUCCUAGGAGAAGGGCAGCUUUAAAUCAAAUUGGUACUGGAGGAAGGGCUCAAGAGGAUCCCAGGUUAGAUAGGAUUAUGCAAGCCCUAGAGACUUUGGUAGGGCAGCGAGCUCAGGACCAAGCUGCAGCUCCUGCUGUUCCUGCCGCCGCACCUGUUGAUGUCCCGUUAGCUGGGAUCGGGAUUGGGGAUCGACCAAUGCAUAAGCUGGUCGAACAAUUUCUGAAGCUAAAGCCGCCGAAGUUCUCUGGCGUAGGUGAUCCAGAAGCAGCAACUCUCUGGGUUAGAGAAUUGGAAAAAGGUUUCGCCUUACUUCGGUGUUCUGAAGAAGAAAAGGUGACGUUAGCGGUUUACCAGCUGCAGGGUAACGCUAGCACUUGGUGGGAAGCCACUCAAAGAAGAGUCUUUCCUGAAGGUACGGUUCCAGGGUGGAAUGCCUUCGUGGAAGCGUUUAACGGGAAAUACUUCUCAGACUGCGCAAGAGAGCGGAAGAUGGCUGAGUUCCAACAACUUCAUCAGAAUCAUCUGUCAGUUGAUCAGUACGAGGCGAGGUUCGCCGAGCUGUCAAAGUAUGCCCCGAGAUUAGUCGAAGAACCGAUCGAUAAAGCAAGGAGAUUCCGAGAUGGUCUGAAACCGGAAAUCAAGGAUCAACUAGUACCCUUGAACCUGAAGAAUUAUGAUGAACUGUAUGAACGGGCUCAGCUGAUUGAGAGGAACAUGGCAGAACGUACAGCCGCAUCUGGAUCGCGGUUUGUACCUAAUCGGGAUAAUCGUCGAUUCGGGAAGGGACCGAUGAUUGGAGGAAGGUAUCCUAUUCCACCCAACAAGAAGAGUGGCGUUGGGAAACCGGCAUACAACUCCAAUGCCGCGUGUCGAUUUUGUGGGAAAAGGCAUGGGAACGGCCCUUGCCCAAACAAGACAAAGGAAGUGACGUGCUUUAACUGCGGCCAACAAGGCCAUUAUUCGAGGAACUGUCCCCGUCAGAGGAUGCCAUCUCAACAAACCCAAGUGGGGCAACAAGCUAGCAAUGCUUCGCAAAAUCACCUAAAUCGGCCACAGGCGCAAGGAAGAGUAUAUGCUAUGGCCAGAAAGGAGGCGGAAGAUUCGCCUGGUGUGGUCACAGAUUAG